AUGGCGCCACCGAUUGAGAUUGCUGCUACCAAAAACUAUGCUGAUAAACAGUCUUCACUUUCUCCUCUUAAUGAGAGGAUACUUUCUUCAUUGACCCAUAGAUCAGUUGCUGCACACCCAUGGCAUGAUCUCGAGAUAGGACCUGAAGCUCCAAUAAUCUUCAACUGGAAAGGGAGCAAGGUUAAGUAUGAACUCGACAAAACCACAGGUCUCAUCAAGGUGGACCGUAUUCUUUACUCAUCUGUCGUGUACCCACACAACUACGGGUUCAUUCCACGUACCCUUUGUGAGGACAAUGAUCCUAUCGAUGUUCUUGUCAUCAUGCAGGAGCCGGUGAUCCCAGGAUGCUUUCUUCGAGCGAAAGCGAUUGGUCUUAUGCCAAUGAUUGAUCAGGGUGAGAAAGACGACAAGAUCAUUGCUGUCUGCGCUGACGAUCCAGAGUAUCGUCAUUACAACGACAUCAAGGAGCUUCCACCUCAUCGUCUGGCUGAGAUCCGUCGUUUCUUUGAAGACUAUAAGAAAAACGAGAACAAGGAAGUAGCUGUUAACGAUUUCCUUCCUGCUACCGCAGCCUAUGAAGCAGUUCAGCAUUCCAUGGAUCUCUAUGCCGAUUACGUCAUGGAGACCUUGAGACGGUGAUCUCUUUCACCACUCGAGUAAUAAAGGAAAUUCACAAGUUCAUUUUCACAUUUGUUUUCUUGACAGAUGUGAAGUGUAUACACAAGUAUAAAUACCUUACGUAUGUGUUAAGGAUUCUCAAAGGAUAUCUUUGUGUAUCUCCUUUUGUUGAUUCCUGUAGAUGAUGUCGAACAAAUCAAAUUACCUAAGAACGUUUGUAUUUUUAACCGUUUUUUUUGUUCAUCACUUUUAUCUUUUGGUUCAUUUCUCUACAUUGAUAAAUUGUUGAAAAUUUUCUUUUAUUAAUGCUAUGAGACUCCACGGUAGUUCAACUUUUAUUCAGAUUUUUGUGCAAACACUAUAUUUCUUAGCAAAAAAUACUAUAUUCUUACUUACUU